AUGAGCUCUCCUGUUGAUGCCUCUUCUGUGAGUGAUGAAGAGCAUGCUAGACACUCCUCUGUUGGUCAACCAUGGCAGGCUGAUACUGCUGAUGCCGCUGCCGCUGCCGCUCCAGCUGGUAGUAGUGUGCCGCCACCACUAGCACUACCGGAAGGCUCAGAUUCCUCAUCAGACAAGAAUCCAAAUUCGGCUGUUGCAACUAUACAGACAGCUCGCGAAGUGUAUCUCGAAUCAUGCAAUGACAAGGCAAUCCUUUUCUGUCUCUGCAUUGGAUUGAAGUCAGAGGAUGGAGAACGCAAACUUGGUGACUUGACAGAGGAUCCAUACUCCAGGAUAAAGAAGAAGAAUCAAAACAAACUCAAGGUCCAAAACGCCGUGCUUGCAAAAGAGGUGGUUCGCCGUGGGCUUCAGAUGUGCCUCACUG